UGCUUUCAGACAAAGUCCUCCUGCUCACUUCUCGCAGCCCGGCCGGCAGGUUUAAAACCCAGCGUGCACACAGAGAAGCAAGCUGCAGGUACCACUGAAGGUCUGCUGACUUACAGAAGGCUCGGAAGCAUGGAAAGCCUCUGUGCAGCAAACACCACUUUUGCACUGGACCUGUUAAGAAAGCUGUGUGAGAAGAAGAGUGGGCAGAAUGUGUUCUUUUCACCAUUUAGUAUUUCUUCUGCUUUGUCUAUGGUUUUGCUGGGUUCCAGAGGUAGCACUGAAGCCCAAAUAGGAAAGGUGCUUUCUCUGAACAAUUCUCGGGAUGCUCACAAUGGGUAUCAAUCCCUUCUCUCUGAAAUUAACGAUCCAAACACCAAAUACAUCCUGAGAACUGCAAACCGCCUCUAUGGAGAAAAGACAUUUGAUUUCCUUGCAUCUUUUAUAGAGUCUAGUCAGAAAUCCUACCAUGCUGGCCUGGAACAGAUGGACUUCCUGCAUGCUUGGGAAGAUGCCAGGAAACAAAUUAAUGGCUGGGUAGAGGAAAGGACUGAAGGUAAAAUUCAGAACCUGCUGGCAGAGGGGAUUCUGAAUUCUCUGACCAGGCUUGUGUUGGUGAAUGCCAUCUAUUUCAAAGGCAGCUGGGAAAAGCCUUUCUGGAGACAGAGUACUAGAGAAAGGCCAUUCCAAAUUAAUAAGAAUGAAACCAGACCUGUGCAGAUGAUGUUCAAGGAGGCAAAUUUUAACAUGACCUACAUUGGGGACUUACAGACCAAAAUCCUUGAGCUGCCCUAUGUAGGUAAUGAACUGAGCAUGAUCAUCCUGCUCCCUGAUGCAAUCGAGGAUGGAUCCACAGGCUUGGAAAGACUGGAAAGAGAACUUACAUAUGAGAAGCUGAUGGGUUGGAUCAGACCUGAAAGGAUGAAAUCUACAAAUGUGAGGGUAUCCUUUCCCAGAUUUAAACUGGAAGAAGAUUACAAUCUUAAACCUGUUCUGAGCAGCAUGGGAAUGCCUGAUGCAUUUGAGUCAGGGAAGGCAGACUUCUCAGGAAUCUCAUCUGGCAAGGAGCUGGUGCUCUCUGAAGUGAUUCACAAGUCCUUUGUGGAAGUCAAUGAAGAAGGCACUGAAGCAGCUGCUGCCACUGUGCUGGUUGCGAAUUGCUGUGCAAUUAUGAGAAUUCCGGAUUUCACUGCUGAUCAUCCCUUCCUCUUCUUCAUCCGGCACAACAAAAGUCACAGUAUUUUGUUCUGUGGCAGAUUUUGCUGUCCCUAAGGAUGAGAUGUCUUGGCAGCAUAGGUGCAAUCACACAAUAAAUUUACAUUUCCCUGGAAUGGAGUGACUUCUUUUGUAUUAACUGUGUCUCAGCUGUGCCUUAACCCUCUCGUGUAGUCUUGAUCUCAGGCUUGGCAGGAAUAACAGAGCUGCUUAGACCAACACAGCACCUUCCGUGUCCAGCCCCUCCUGCACCAGGGUGCUGAGGUCUCCAGGUUCUUGUUGACACAAGAACCAUCGCACUUCCUCUGUGAGCGCUUCUUCUGUGCUUGACUUCACUUCUGGUGUCCAGCAAGCAGAGCCAGGCAGGGACAGCCCAUGGGAGUGGAGAAGUGACUUUUGCUUGUGACAGGGCAGGAGCACAUUUCUAGCUGCCUUCAUCUUUUGCCUUUCAGUCUCAU